AUGAUGCUUCAGCUGGGUGGCCGAGGCGCAGGUUCCGUCACCGCAGAGCGGUCACCGGGGAGCCGCAGCGCCGCCGGAUCUCCGCCCUGUCAGCUCCACUCGCCAUUCGCCGAGUCGGAUCGCCGGCUUGAUUCGCUCGUCCUUUUCCCUUUUUUGCUUAUGAACGAUGGAGAAAUAUUCAAGAGAAAUUUCCGGUAACCAUCAGCUCUUCCCCUGCGUGUACUGGGUGAUGCUGCUGCUGUGUAUGACAGCAGGGACGACAACAGCUUUUGUGAACUUGGGCUAAAAAAAAAAACCCGAAAAACACCGGCGAUCCGCUCAGUGGAUAUACAGCCUUCCUCCCGCAUCAUUUUAAUUUCACAGCCGCGAAGCAGCAGAUGCACGCUGUGCCGCUGUCUCUGCGCCGAUAUUAUGGUGAAUAUUCCUGCGUUCGCUCCUUACUGGCCCCUCGUCCGCUUUCUGGUGCCCCUGGCGAUCACAAACAUAGCCAUCGACCUCGGAGAGCAGGCUCUGAACCGGGGAAUCGCAACCGUCAAGGAUGCGGUGGAGAUGCUGGCUAGCUAUGGCCUGGCCUACUCCCUGAUGAAGUUCUUCACCGGGCCCAUGAGCGACUUCAAGAACGUGGGACUGGUGUUCGUGAACAGCAAGAGGGACCGGACCAAGGCCGUCCUCUGCAUGGUUGCCGCGGGAACCGUGGCCAUCAUCUUCCACACACUCAUAGCGUACACCGAUUUGGGAUACUACAUCAUCAACAAGCUUCACCAUGUGGACGAUUCUGUGGGCCAAAAGACCCGGAAGGCCUUCCUCUACCUGGCUGCCUUCCCCCUGCUGGACGCGAUGGCCUGGACUCACGCCGGCAUCCUGCUGAAACAUAAGUACAGCUUCUUGGUGGGCUGUGCUUCCAUCUCCGACGUCGUCGCCCAGAUCGUGUUUGUGGCCAUCCUGCUCCACAGCCACCUGGAGUGCCUGGAGCCCCUCCUCAUCCCCAUCCUGUCCCUCUACAUGGGCGCCCUGGUGCGCUUCACCAUCGUGGGCCUGGGUUACUAUAGCAACAUCCACGACAACAUUCCGGACUCCAGCGGACCUGAGGUGGGGGGAGACGCCACCAUCCGGAAGAUGCUGAGCUUCUGGUGGCCCCUGGCCCUGAUUCUGGCCACCCAGCGCAUCAGCAGACCGAUCGUGAACCUGUUCGUCUCCCGCGACCUCAAAGGGAGUGCGGCGGCCACAGAGGCUGUUGCUGUGUUGACGGCCACAUACCCAGUGGGUCACAUGCCCUACGGCUGGUUGACGGAAUUGCGGGCGGUUUAUCCAGCCUUUGACAAGAACAAUCCCAGUAACAAGAUGACCACCAGCAGCACCAUGGUAACCAAGUCACACAUCAAGAAGUUCACUUUCGUCUGCCUGGCGAUUUCCGUCACGCUAUGCUUUGUGGUGUUUUGGACUCCUCACGUCUCUGAGAAGAUCCUGGUGGACAUCAUCGAAGUGGACUUCGCAUUUGCUGAGCUCUGCGUCGCCCCCUUGAGAAUCUUUUCCUUCUUCCCUCUGCCUGUGACCGUCAGGGCCCAUCUCACCGGCUGGCUCAUGACGCUGAAGAAAACGUCGGUGCUGGCGCCCAGCUCGGUGCUGCGCAUUGUCGUGCUCAUCACCAGCCUCAUCGUGCUGCCCUACCUGGGGGUGCAUGGGGCCACGCUGGGAGUGGGCUCUCUGCUCGCCGGCUUCUUGGGCGAGUCCACGAUGGUUGCAGUGGCAGCUUGUUAUGUCUACCGGAAGCAGAAGAAAAACAAAGAAACGGAUGACGAUAUGGCAGCGGAGGGCGAGAACUUGCCUCCUAUGAACGAAGUGGGAUCUUGGAGACAGAUGGAGGACAUUGUGGAAAUAAGGGAAGAGGAGGACGAAUGAGGAGCUACAGCACAGAGGUGGAAGGUGAUGGGAAGGCUGGGGUGUCCUUCUGCUUACCGAGAUGGCUUUGAGUGGCUUGCCAGCCCCAAACGUCCCUCUGGCUCACCCAGCGCAGGUCUUCCAUAUGCCAAGAUGACCCGCCUUGUGGGUACCGGCAGUGGGCAGGCUUGUAGUAGAGCAACAUUCUGUGUCCACAACCACGAUGUCAAAAAUCCCCCUCCUUUGUGCUGCUGUCCCACGUUCGACAAACGGUUUGAAACGUGUAACACGUGUGUCGGCCGUGAUUUCUUGGUGAAUUCUGUGGCUUUUUGUUGAAUGUAUGGGGAGACGAAGAAGAAAUGGACUGGAUCUUCAUUCAAAUGGAUCUUCAUUGAAAGAUUUGGGCUUUGUGUUUGUCAUUAAGCUGCGGAACUCUUCUCCAUUAAACAUUUCGGCUUUCGUAACACUAAGAGUAGAUUUAAAAAAAAGGUCAUUAUAUUGUGCUGAGUGUGAAAUGGAAACAAUUGUUUUAAUUGCAUUUGACUGCUAAGUUGGUGCUUUGAUGACAUUUAAGGGUUUCUUUUCCAUUUCAUUUCAUUGUGCGAAUACACUGUUUCUGGUUUAUUUUGUAUGGGUGAUACAUAGUAUUUGUGAGGCCUGAUUGUGAUAGCUUGGAAAAUCAAGCUUAAAUGUCUGUUCACAACAGGUUUUUCUUUCUGUCUGGGAACUGAGCUUGAGAUGAGUCAUGUCUCCAUGACUCGCAUGCUAAUUUACAGUUUCUUUUAUGCCAGCAAAGAUUCAUGAGUUCAGCAUGUACAAGCAUUCAUAAACUGUGCUUCUGUUGUAUUUAUUAUUAAUGUUAUUGUUAUUAGUCUGAACAUCCUUGUGGGUUGGAAAAUAUCACCAAACUCCCAGACUUAUGUUGAAAUACUGGAACCAAAUGAGAAAAGCCCUUUUAUGGAUCACGUGUA